AUGGAGGACAUCGAGAAGAAGUUGCAGACCGAGCCGACUGUCUCAGCAGUGGCCCAGGAACCCGUCAAGCCACGGGGCGUCUUUGCCAAAAUCCGCUACUAUGAGGAGCUGCUGGACCGCAAGCUCGGCAUCGAGUCUCACAGCUUGGACCGGGUGCAUCCUGAGGAUCGUCACCCGCCGAGUGAUGUAGUGAUGGCGUUCAUGUGGGCGUCUGCUACUAUGAACAUCAGCUGUUUCAGUACAGGGUUCCUGGGCAAGCAAUUUGGAUUAUCGUUGGGACAGACGAUUCCAAUUGUGAUGUUUGCAACGCUGCUAGGCGCAAUGGUGACUGGUUGGUGUGCAACUAUGGGACCUGGGACGGGUCUGCGUCAAGUUGCCAUUGCUCGAUUCUCGUUCGGGUACUAUCCCUCAUCGAUUAUUGCAUUGUUGAAUGUCAUCGAGCAGCUGGGUUGGGCAUCCGUCAACUGCAUCACUGGUGGGCUCGCACUCAGUGCUGUCUCGGACGGACGUGUCUCCAUUGCUGUGGGCGUGGUGAUCAUCGCCUGCGUGAGUCUACUAUUCAGCUUCGUUGGACUGCGUGGCGUCCUGCUGUAUGAGAAGUACGCUUGGAUGCUGUUCUUCGUGAUCUUCAUGAUCAUCUACGGCGAGGCUGCCCACCGCGCCAACAUCUCUGCCCCACCUACGGUCUCAGGCCUCGAGCGCUCGGGUAAUGUCCUGAGCUUGAUCAGUGUCGUGUAUGGAUCCAGUGCCUCGUGGAGUUCUAUCGUGUCGGACUUCUACGUUCACUAUCCCGUCAACACGCCCAAGAUCAAAGUCUUCUUGUAUACCACGCUUGGUAUCACGAUCCCGACUUGUAUCGGUAUGCUACUGGGUGCCUGUAUCAGCUCUGCGCUGGACACGAACCCCGAAUGGCAAGCUGCUUACGAUGUUGGAAUUGGUGAAAUCCUGAAGACAAUCAUCUACCCAACCGGAUUUGCCAAAUUCCUUCUCGUGCUCCUCGUCCUAUCUGGAAUUGGCGUGAACGUGAUUGCAAUUUACUCCGGUGCGCUAUCAGCUCAACUCUUCGCGCCCCCAUGCGCCAAGGUCCCCAGAGCAAUCUGGUCAUUCCUGGUAUUCGCCGGUGUCCUCGCACUGGGAAUUGCUGGCAGGAAUAAAUUGUUGGAUGUGUUGGAGAAUUUCCUCUCACUGCUGGGGUACUGGAAUACCUCCUUCUUUGCGAUUCUGUUUAUCGAGCAUUAUUAUUUCCGAAAGGGAAAUCUGGCCAACUACGAUCUAGACGCUUGGAACGAUUCUUCCCGCAUGCCGGUCGGGUAUGCGGGUCUAGGAGCAUUCUUGUGUGGUGCCGCUGGCUGGAUUGUGGGUAUGGUGGAGACAUACUAUGUCGGUGCACUUGCCAAUAUGAUCGGGAAGGACGGCGGUGACAUUGCUAACGAGCUGGCGUUGGUUUUCAGCUCAGUAUCUUAUCUGCCCAUUCGCAAACUCGAGUUGCGGUAUGUGGGACGAUGA